UUUCACUUUUUUUUGUCUUUGCAGGACAAACACUACAGUUUCUAUAGAACAGUGUUUAAAUAAUUGUUUGCAAAAAAUAUAUAUAGUAUAUAUAGAAUCACUUUAGCAGCUAUAGUAAGUCUCUUUAUUCUCUCUCUUCAAGUUAAUAAGACAAAAAAACCAGCUUGAGAGCAUUAAUAUAAAGCUGCGCUACUGUCAAGCUGCUGUUAUAGAAAACUAAUCAACUCCUGACCAAUCACAAAACAGAUCUCAGUAGCAUGGGGCAUAAUAUAUUUAUAUGUUGAAACAUUACACUGCAAAUGAUAAGAGUGUGCAUUCUAACACUCUCUCAUCUUAAUGCAUACACAAGUUUAUUACAACACACACACACACACACACACAAAUGCAGAGCUCAUUGUUCCCAUUAAAGGAAAUGUGGUGUUUCAUGAUAAAGUGUUGUAAAGUGCUGUUAAAAAGUGGAGUGUGUGAAGUGAGGAUCAGUGUGUGUGUCGCCUCAGCAGGAGAAACAGCUUUAAGCAUGCUCCUCAUUCUCUUCCUCCUCGUCUCUCAACACUCCAUGGUAACAACCAUCAGUAGCUGCCACAGUGACAGGGACAAAGACCAUCGCCCUCGUGUGAGCUGUGUGAGUCAGGGUCUCUCUACAGUACCUGAUGGGAUAGAUCUUGAAACACAGACACUUGUCCUCACUCAGAAUGCGUUUGUCUCUCUAUCCUGGGCCACCUACACCACCUUCACACGCUUGCAUGAACUGGACCUGAGCCAAAACCUGAUCAGCACCAUUGACCAAUCAGGUCCUGUGCUGCAAAACCUGAGAGUGCUGAGACUGUCUAAUAACAAGCUGACUGGUUUGAGCGGAGCUGCAUUUAAGUCCACCCCUUCUCUCAUGGAGGUGUAUUUAGAUGGAAACACCAUCAGUUCGCUUGACAGUACAACCUUCAGUGACCUGCCCCUCCUAGAGCUCAUUAACCUUUCAUGCAACAAGCUGCAAAUCCUGCCACCCCACUUGCUGGAGCAGAUUUCAUCCAGCAAUUUGAAGAAAUUUGAUGUGGAAGAGAAUCUUCUCCAGCACCUUCCUGACAAAUUUUUUGCCUCAAAACAUGAAUUACCUUAUGUCUUCCUUUCCAAAAAUUUGUGGGUUUGCACCUGCCAGGUGAGUUACCUGCAGCGCUACCUGAAUGACCAGGGUCAUAACGUUUACAAUCACACAGGACCCUCCAGCAUCGAGAAUGCCCCAGAGAGUGUGGUGUGUUCUGCUCCGCCCACACUACAGGGACGAGCUAUAGUGGACCUGACGGAGGACGAGUACUGCAAUUCAUAUACCGACUCACAACACUCCACUGCUCACACAACUCAACGAACGAGUGCACCAACCACAGCACUGACCACAGCCAUCAUCCAACAAAAGGUCAUAACAACAGCUAUCCUAGCAACUCCAUCAGUAACCAUUCAACCAACUAUGCCAAAGACUGUUGAGUCUAGUUCUACUCCUACUCCAACUACACUAACAGCUAAUAACCCAACAACUAUUACAAUAACAACCACUAAACCAACUAUACCAAGAGACAAUAUGGGAACAACUAUGACACCAGGUUCUACAACUGUUCAACCAACUACACCAACAACCACUGAGCCAACCACAACAUCUUCUACACCAACAACCACUGAGCCAACCACAACAUCUUCUACACCAACAACCACUGAGCCAACCACAACAUCUUCUACACCAACAACCACUGAGCCAACCACAACAUCUUCUACACCAACAACCACUGAGCCAACCACAACAUCUUCUACACCAACAACCACUGAGCCAACCACAACAUCAUCAACUACACCAACAACCGUUCAACCAACUACACCAAAGAAUGCUCUUAUUCCAACUACACUAACAACCAACAACCCAACAACUAUUAAGUCAGUUACCAUGGUGACCUAUACUGCAGGAGGGAUUCUCUCAGGGCACGGUGGUGGCCAGCGCUCAGUGUCGUGGUGCUGGUGGUUAUUUAUCACAGUUUUGCUGCUGUGUAUUUUCUCAGCCAUUUUCUCCUGCAUGCUGUUCCUCUGGCUCAUCAUCAUUUACAUCACACUUUACAAACCAAUCAAACGGCAAGUCCACAGCAGCCAAGGAGUGACCCUGAGGGCGUACCAGGUCACUGCAGACGAGUCACUGACAGCGGACACAACUGAGGAAGAGAGAGUGCUGUUUUUACCCCCGGAGAUGAUACGAGAAACUCAGCCAGUGUUCCGUUCUGUGCUGUUCAUCUCAAAAGGAGAUGAGGACGGUGAAGUGGGUGAGAGGAGAGAUGGAACGAGGAACGAGGAUGAAGAAAAGAAAAGAGGAACUGAUGCAGUGGCUAAAAUAGACCUGCUGCCGGCAGUGACUCUGCACAGAGAGCAAGAGACGGAAACCAAAGACAGGGAGGAAGUGUUCAGGAAAACUUUCUCCAGGGUGAUAAGCCGAGAGGAAGAGAUAGAAGGAUGGAAGGAGGUGGAGGAGAACUGCUGGGGGAUGCUGGAGAGAGACAAAGGGAGAAGAGAGGGAGAGUUGGAGAGAAGAAAGACACGGUACAGCCUUAUCCUCAGGGAGGAGAGUGGGAGUUUGAUGGAGGACAGGAAAGGAGAGACAGAGUGGGUGGUGGGUGAGUGGAAGAUGAAAGGAGGAGGACCAGGAAGCUGGGGAUCUCUAAUUAGGAUGAAAGAAAUGUGUGGUCUUUCUGAUUCUGCCCACAUGGACACACCUGAGCCAGUGGCAGAGACAUCAGUCUGAGUUUUUAUUGUAAUGAGGUCCUCACAGCUGGAUCAACAAUGUGUAUUGCAAUUAUCUUUAAAAACAACAAAUAUAUUGUUUUCUAAUUUUGUUACUUCGGUGAGAACACUUACACUUUUAGCGUUUUGUUUGUCAAGUGUUUUUAUAGAAGUAGUCACUUCUUUCUUUAGUGAAAUUUCAUUAUGUGUCCAUAUUUCAUUCUGUAACUCUUACUUUUAAAAAAAUGAACAAUAAGAACAAAAACUUGACUGCUUCAA